AUGGCACCGACGAUCGAGCCGUUUAACCCUCCGUGCACAAGGAACCAUAUCGACAACCGCAAGCCUUCGCAAGAACUCGAUGGCGGAUUUUUCAGAGCCUACCAAGCCAUCAUCGAAGAUGCAUUUCUGCUGGAGCAAGGGGAAAGCAACAGGCCGCAAGAGUUUGUUCAGCUCGUCGUCGUCGUCACCGAGAUCUUACAAUGGGCAUCCUCGAAACCGGGUAACGAAACCGCCGUGCAGAAGCUUCGAGACAUAAUUCAAUCGAAGCCUUUGACAGAGGAAGAGAAGCAGUGCGUCCCAGGAAUACCGGCCGAUGACUGCCUCUGCCUUUUGGUGCGUCUCCUCGCAAGAAAGAAGCAACCUGCAACACUAGAGGAGUACUUGAACGAGCUACAGAAAUUGAAAAUUCACGAAACAAUGAAGAAGGAAAAGCCAACCAAUAACUCCAAAGACGACUCCGAAGACGACUCCAAAGACGACUCCGAAGACAACUCCGAAGACGACUCCAAAGACAACUCCAAAGAAGAUUCCAAAGACGACUCCGAAGACGACUCCGAAGACAACAUCUCUCAACAAAACCACCCUGCAGUUUAUGGCAUUCCGAAUCAUAUCUCGAUAUGUAUAGGUCCGCGUAGGCAGACAUCAUCGAACAUGACUGUCAGUUGGCAUAUUAUCGCCACCAAUGGGGAACAUGACGAAACAGACCUUGGGAAAUGGGCGAAGAAGUCGAGGAAAAUGCGCUUUCAGAAUCUACGAAGCAAUGUUCCAAGUUGCGUGAAGGAGGCUGGAAAAUGGCUCGCCACAAUUCUGAAGGACGACGACAAGGAUGUCAAGACCGCCGAAGAAAUACGUCUUGGUCGGUUAUACGAGAUCGAAAGUUGGAAACUCAUGUCCACGGCUGCAAAACCUGGUGAAAUCAGGGUCAAUGGGCCUCGACAUUUCUGUCAUAUGACCGAAGUCGCAACGACAUUCAGGAUUGGGGGGGGAACAGGGAUCACGCGCGACCCGCGCUGCAUGCUUUGCAGAAUGCUCUUCAGCUCCCGCCAAGAUCUCGUUGGGCUCAAAAUGGAGAAUGACUUUUCCAAGGGCCUUCAAUCCCUUGAGAAGAAAGCCAUCAAUGGAAACAAUACUUGCUCCGAGGGAUUGCUCCAUGAGCUCUGCGAAAUGGCCGAACGGAUGGCGGCAAAAACACAACCAGGUACCACGGGUACCACGGAUCAAGACCCAGACUCUGGAGAGGCUUUGUGA